UGUUUGAAUCAGCGGAUGUGUAGUGUUUAUAUCUGCAAGUAGUAAUGCUGAAGCGUUAUUUGCUGUGGUUUGCCAAUGAACAUAUUGAAUUUAGAAUACCGGUCCUUUUGUCAACCUUUUGUGGAUGCCAUGCCAAGAAAGUAUGUGGUGGUUGACAUUCUAGCUACUUUUGCCAGUCUUUUGUGGAUACCAUACCAAGAAAAGUAUGCAGUCGCUAUAAUGGGUGACUUUCCAAGUGUCUUUGGCAGCCUGUGAAGUUUGCAAAGUUAAGAGAGUGCCAAGCUUCUAAGUGUCUUAACAAUAGCCUGGUGGGUUAUUGUGAGUGACUGACUGGAUAAAGGAAAUUGAAUCCAUCUCUUCACUGUUCAGCAUACAGCUCAAUUGGGUUGAGAAACAUACUUACCAUCCAUACUGCAUAAUUGAUUUGCAUGAUGAAGAGGCAGCUCUUCAAAUAGCUUCGAGAUCUGUGGCUCUCAGAUGGUGUUUGGAAUUGUGGGCACGUGCUAAAACAGAUGAAGAGUUGCACAGGAAUCUGAAGUCAUAUCCACAUGAAAGGAUGAAACCAUUUCUCCAAGAUAACCUCUCAUUCAAGAUCAAAGUGGAAACCUUCUGCAAUAGUCAAACUCAGGAAGAAAAAGUCUCUAAAAUUGAGUCAUUCAGUUACUUACCAUUAAAGGGUCCUGUCAGAUUGAAGAAUCCUGAUGUUGUGUUGCAGUAUAUUGAAUACUAUGGACAGGAUUCUAACAGAAUUCCUGAAAAGCCAUAUGACCUUUUCUUUGGACGCUGGAUUGCUGAUGGCCAGAGAGAUCUCAUUACUAAGCUUUCUCUUAAAACUAGAAAGUUUAUUGGUAACACUAGCAUGGAUCCUCAAUUAUCUUUACUUAUGGCAAAUCAAGCUCGUGUGCAAGAAGCAGAUCUGGUGCUUGACCCUUUUGUGGGAUCAGGAUCACUUCUAGUUGCUGCUGCACAGUUCGGAGGCUACGUUCUUGGAACAGAUAUAGAUUAUUUAAUGUUGCAUGGAAAGACCCGACCCACAAGAAUACAAAAGAAGAAAAAGAGAGAUGAAGAUGAAAGUAUACGCACCAAUCUGAAACAGUAUGGAAGAAGCAGCCAGUACAUAGAUGUAAUUGUUGCUGAUUCUUCUCUUCCUGUAUGGCAUCCUGACUUCAAAGUGGAUGCAAUUGUUACUGACCCUCCUUAUGGGAUUCGCGAAGCCACGGAACGCAUAGGUUCAACUAAGAGUUACCAAAUUAGUGAGGAGCAUUUACAGAGCCACAUCCCAUCUAAAGUUGUGUAUGGACUACAGCAAAUUUACUGUGACCUUCUGAACUUUGCUGCAAACCACCUUGUUAUAGAAGGCAGAUUAGUGUGUUGGAUUCCAGUAGUCAGAAGUGAAUACUCUGAAGAAAAAUUACCAACACAUCCUCAACUUGAGUUAAUUGCUAAUUCUGAACAAAUACUGAGUGUGUAUACAAGCAGAAGGCUAUUAACAUUUAAGAAAGUAGCAGAGAAAGUAGACCAAGUUGGGCAGCCUGACUGCGAAGCUCUGACAGCCGAAUUUCGUGAAAAAUUCUUUCGUUUUGGUGAAGAAGUUAGAAAAUAUCGCAAGCUACAUAAAAAUGAGUUGAAAACAGUUGUCAGCAGGAAUGAACCAACAAGCGAGAAAGAAGACCACUGAGUAGUGUCAGAGGAAUGUUGAAGUAUGUGGAAGGAAACAAGAACUGCAAAUGGAAGUGAUAAGUGCUCUGAAUGUGGAACACAAAAAUAUACUGGUGUUCCUAUUAAGUUGAUGCGAAUGAUGUGCAGCAUUGUACCUGUUGAAUCUUUGCUUGUAGUGAUAAGAAAAGGUGUGUGUGUGUGUGUGUGUGUGUGUGUGUGUGUGUGUUUGUUUUGUAGCAUGUCAAGACUUUACUUGUGUUGUCUAUAUUUAUUAUAAUUGCUCCUGAAUUUAUUUCUGCCCAAAACACAAUUUUAAGCAUUUACAUUCCAUCUUGUGUACAGUUCCUACUCCUUUUAUCAAUCCAACAAUGUACAACUCUUAAAAUUUUAUUGGGACCAAAUACAUUUCCUGUUUUAGAAAGAGAAACAAAUGAGUGAAACAAUUUAUUGGACAUUACGCUGAUACAAUUUACGCAUCACAUGUAUUUAAAUAUUAUAUUUCCUAAUAUUUGUAUUAGAUUACAAGAACAAAAGCAACUUUCUACAAUUUCGCCACAGUGAACUGAUGAAAUAGUUUGUUCACUGUCAAAAAAACUCUAUGAAACGAAUUCAAAUAAUUACAGAGGUAACUCAGUUGAUAAUUCUGCAUAUUUCAGAAUUUGCAACUUAACAUUUAUUGAAUUGAACAUUACAAAAUACUGUAUUUACUAGUUACAUACCUGGCUUAUUCGAACUGUAACUAAAUUUAAAAAGUGUGUAGUGGGUGUGAUUUUUUACUAAAUUUUAAAUGCUGAUGUUUAGGAAAGUGUCAUGUCACCAAUCAUGUUGUGCCUGACACUGGACAAGGACGGCCCACUUUCCUUUGCUGAGAGAAAGAAUUCACAAAUUUGAAAAUCAGUUCUCCCAAAUUUUCCACUGAGUUUACUGAACAAGUAUGAAUUUGGAGCAGCAAUAUCUGUCAGAUGGCAAAAUUGCUUUAUGUAAGAUUUUCAGAGACAUUUCCUUGUUGGUGUAUAAUUUGUCAUGUGUAGUUAGCUAAGCUCCGCUCAUUCUGUCAUUGUAUUUGAGGAUAACGUCUGGUUCCAUUUUCAGUGUUUUCUUCCUCUCAAUUUAUUGUAGUUCAUCGCUUUAAAUGCUGUGAAGUGUGUAAAUGUAUUUUGUUCUCGCCAUUGCAUCACCAUCAAUUUCGCUCUAUAAAACAUUUUAAUUUUGCCCUUCUGCAGUUAUGUAUCCCUCAAAGCAGCUGAGUUUCUUCCUGUUACUCACAAGUGUGCCAAUUCAACCAGUGAUUAUAGAGACAAGAAAAUCAAGUAACCAGUAUACCUGGUACAUCUUUUGUCACAAUAUUCUUUAAGCAGUGAAUAAAACAACUUUAAAUGCAAGCGGAUAUUCCACUAUAGUUUGGCUCAAAUGCAAUAUCUUCCCUGUGUAUUAUCAAAUAACAUAAUUAGCCACCAUUUCCUCCUUAAAACAGAAUGAUUUGAUCAAAAAAUGAGCCUGUUCCAUUGGUGUAUACUGUUCAAUAGAGAGCUGCACAUCUACAGUAAGAGAGACUGAUCGGUAGAUAAUUCUCACUUGUUAGUGUCAGUCACAGGUUUUAAUUU